GGACCCGCGGCGUCCUCCGCCAGGUGGAGAAGAGGCGGGAACCGAGCCUAGAGGCUCCUCCGGCACCCAGCGGCGGGAAGAGCGCGUCCAGCCGGGCACGAUGGAUGCCCCGCCUGCUCAGGCCGUCCCCAAGAUGCCCCCGAGCACCUGCGCGUCCCGGCCGGGCCCCGGGCUCUGAGCGCAUCGCGGCACAGGACUCUGCAUCAGAAGUUUGUCAAAUAGAUUGCUGGGUCCAAAAUAGAAAAAACAGUGGCAACAUUUUGCUGAGUUUCCAGACCUCUCUCCCAAGAUGGAACCGAUUACAUUCACAGCAAGGAAACACCCGUUUCCUAACGAGGUUUCUGUGGACUUCAGCCUUCAGCUUGUGGGCUUUUUGCCUGUGCACGCUCUGACCACCAUGCCCAUGCUGCCUUGGGUUGUGGCGGAGGUGCGAAGACGCAGCGGGCAGUCCUCCAGAAAGGAGCCUCUCCCCAAGCAAGUCCAGCUCUGUGUUUCACCCUCUGGGCUGAGAUGUGAACCCGAGCCAGGGAAAAGUCAACAGUGGGAUCCACUGAACUGUUCCAGCAUCUUUGAGUGCAAGCCUCAGCACGUUCACAAACUGAUUCACAACAGCCACGACCCAAGUUACUUUGCUUGUUUGAUUAAGGAAGAUGCUGUCCGUCGGCAGAAUAUCUGUUAUGUGUUCAAAGCAGACGAUCAAACAAAAGUGCCUGAGAUCAUCAGCUCCAUCCGCCAGGCCGGGAAGAUCGCCCGCCAGGAGGAGCUGCACUGCCCCUCGGAGUUUGAUGACACGUUUGCCAAGAAGUUCGAGGUGCUCUUCUGUGGCCGCGUGACGGUGGCGCACAAGAAGGCCCCGCCAGCCCUGAUUGACGAGUGCAUCGAGAAGUUCAACCAUGUCAGCUGCAGCAGGAAAGCCGACCUGGACUUGCCCUCUCAGAGCGCCGACAGCCCCAGCCCCGGGAGAGCACUGCCCUUCCUGGAGAAGCUCGGGUCGGAGCCGCUCUUGGGGACUGGGAGCUCGGGGACAGGGAUGGUGGGGGCCACCAGGAGGCCCAUGCGCAAGUCCUCCUCCCAGCCCGGCCUGCGCUCACUGGCCUUCAGGAAGGACUUUCCCGAUGGCAGCCUCAGGAGCAGUAGCUUUUUCAGCUCUUUUGAGGAAAGCGACAUUGAGAACCACCUCAUUAGCGGACACAACAUUGUGCAGCCAACAGAUAUGGAGGAAAAUCGAACUAUGCUCUUCACGAUUGGCCAAUCUGAAGUUUACCUCAUCAGUCCUGACACCAAAAAAAUAGCGUUGGAGAAAAAUUUUAAGGAGAUAUCCUUUUGCUCUCAGGGCAUCAGACACGUGGACCACUUUGGCUUCAUCUGCCGGGAGUCUUCUGGAGGUGGCGGCUUUCACUUCGUCUGCUACGUGUUUCAGUGUGCCAACGAAGCUCUGGUCGAUGAAAUUAUGAUGACCCUGAAGCAGGCUUUCACGGUGGCUGCGGUGCAGCAGACGGCCAGAGCGCCAGCCCAGCUGUGCGAGGGCUGCCCCUUGCAGGGCCUGCACAAGCUCUGUGAGAGGAUCGAGGGAAUGAAUUCUUCUAAAACCAAAUUAGAACUGCAAAAGCACCUGACAACGUUAACGAAUCAGGAGCAGGCGACUAUUUUUGAGGAGAUUCAGAAAUUAAGACCAAGAAAUGAGCAGCGAGAGAAUGAAUUGAUUAUUUCUUUUCUGAGAUGCUUAUAUGAAGAUAAACAAAAAGAACAUGUCCAUAUUGGGGACACAAAGCAGACAUCACAGAUUCCAGCAGAGAAUAUUGGAAGUGAAUUACCACCCAGUGCCACCCGAUUUAGGCUAGAUAUGCUGAAAAACAAAGCAAAGAGGUCGCUCACAGAGUCUUUAGAAAGUAUUCUGUCCCGGGGUAAUAAAGCCAAAGGCCUUCCAGAACCCUCCGCCAGCGUGGAUCUGGAGAGCUCCGUGUCUAGUACAUUAAGUAACACCAGCAAAGAGCCAUCUGUGUAUGAAAAGGAAGCCGUGCCCCUCUCUGGGAGCUCCUUCAAGCUCCCGGGCUCCUCGGAUGACCUGUCCAGUGACGCGGAGAGCCAUCUCCUGGAAGAGCCUGCCCCACUGUCACCCCAGCAGGCCUUCAGGAGGCGCGCCAACACCCUGAGUCACCUCCCCGCGGAGUGCCAGGAGCCUCUGGAAGCUGCGCGAGCGUCUCCAGUGGUCCCGCAGAGGAAACUUGUGAGGUAUCACUCAGUGAGCACAGAGACGCCUCAUGAACGGAAUGUGGACACUCCUCCUGGGGGCCAGCCUGGGUCUUGCCCAGCGCAGCCUUCAGCUCCUCCACCUCGUCUUAAUCCCUCGGCCUCCUCGCCAAACUUUUUUAAGUACCUAAAACAUAAUUCCAGUGGAGAACAAAGUGGGAAUGCUGUGCCGAAGAGCAUCUCCUACCGUAAUGUCCUGCGGAAAAAACUUCAUUCUUCUUCCUCUGUGCCAAAUUUUCUAAAAUUUCUGGCUCCUGUAGAUGAAAAUAACACCUCUGACUUUAUGAACACAAAAAGGGACUUUGAAUCCAAAGCGGAGCACCUUGGUGACUGUGGCGGGACCCCUGUGAAGGCCCGCAGGCACUCCUGGAGGCAGCAGAUAUUCCUGCGAGUGGCCACCCCACAGAAAGCCUGCGAUUCUCCUGGCAGAUAUGAAGAUUUCUCAGAGCUGGGAGAGCUUCCCCCAAGAUCGCCUUUAGAACCAGUUUGUGAAGAUGGCCCCUUUGGCCCUGUACCAGAGGAAAAGAAAAGGACAUCCCGUGAGCUUCGAGAGCUGUGGCAGAAGGCUAUUCUGCAGCAGAUACUGCUGCUCAGAAUGGAGAAGGAAAACCAGAAGCUGCAAGCCUCCGAAAAUGAUUUGCUGAAUAAGCGCCUGAAGCUUGAUUAUGAAGAAAUCACUCCUUGUCUUAAAGAAGUAACUGCUGUAUGGGAAAAGAUGCUGAGCACUCCCGGGAGAUCCAAAAUUAAGUUUGACAUGGAAAAAAUGCACUCGGCUGUCGGGCAAGGUGUGCCACGUCAUCACCGCGGUGAAAUCUGGAAAUUUCUAGCCGAGCAAUUCCACCUUAAGCACCAGUUUCCCAGUAAACAGCAGCCAAAGGAUGUGCUGUACAAAGAACUGUUAAAACAGCUGACCUCCCAGCAGCACGCGAUUCUCAUUGACCUUGGGCGGACCUUUCCAACACACCCGUACUUCUCUGCCCAGCUCGGAGCAGGGCAGUUGUCCCUGUACAACAUUCUCAAGGCCUACUCCCUUCUGGACCAGGAAGUGGGGUACUGCCAGGGUCUCAGCUUUGUAGCCGGCAUUUUGCUGCUUCACAUGAGUGAGGAAGAGGCCUUUAAAAUGCUCAAGUUUCUGAUGUUUGACAUGGGGCUACGGAAACAGUAUCGGCCGGACAUGAUUAUUUUACAGAUCCAGAUGUACCAGCUCUCUCGCCUGCUCCAUGACUACCACAGAGACCUCUACAACCACCUGGAGGAGCAUGAGAUCGGCCCCAGCCUCUAUGCCGCCCCCUGGUUCCUCACCGUGUUCGCCUCCCAGUUCCCGCUGGGCUUUGUGGCCCGAGUCUUUGAUAUGAUCUUUCUUCAGGGAUCAGAGGUCAUAUUUAAAGUGGCUUUGAGUCUUUUGGGAAGCCAUAAGCCCUUGAUUCUGCAGCAUGAAAACCUAGAAACCAUAGUCGACUUUAUAAAAAACACACUGCCCAACCUGGGCUUGGUCCAAAUGGAAAAGACCAUCAAUCAGGUGUUUGAGAUGGACAUCGCUAAACAGUUACAAGCUUAUGAAGUUGAGUACCAUGUGCUUCAAGAAGAACUUAUCGAUUCCUCUCCUCUCAGUGACAACCAAAGAAUGGAUAAAUUAGAGAAAACCAACAGCAGCUUACGCAAACAGAACCUUGACCUCCUUGAACAGCUGCAGGUGGCAAAUGGUAAGAUCCAGAGCCUCGAAGCCACCAUUGAGAAGCUCCUGAGCAGCGAGAGCAAGCUGAAGCAGGCGGCGCUGGCCCUGGAGCUGGAGCGGGCAGCCCUGCUGCAGACGGUCGGGGAGCUGCGCAGGCAGGCGGCAGAACUGAGCAGCCAGGGGACAGACGACUCAGCACCGCCCAGCACUGUCUAGGCCUUAACCAGAGGGACAGGGAGAGGGUGCUGGAGGGAGCCGAGGGAGUGUGAAGCAUGCUUCUCAGGGAGGACACUGGCUCGCCAGCAUGCAGAGUCCCAUGAACCUACACCUGCAAUUCAGGGGCGAGUGUCCCAGUGGUUUCUUUGUGUGAGGUUUUCAUUCAUCCGUUCUCCAGUCCCAAUUCCUAUGAGCAGUAGCUUUCGAUGGCAUGGACAUGAAUAAAUCACCUUCAUGUUUUCUGGUUGGUUCCUUUCUCCAUAUCACUGUGUUUGUAAAGAACAGUCAUGAUACCGUGGAACUUCAAAAGCUGGAAGGGCUUGAGAGGAUUCCUCAGGCAGAGCCUGGGUCCAUCAUUCCUCCAGAGAGCGUCUAAGUGAUUACACCCUCCUUGUCACUGGGGACAGUUGGCUCUUGUCCAUUCUUGUGAUGGAAACUGAAAUUGACCAUGGGGAAGGGCAGAAAGUGAGUCAUUUAAAUUGGGCAUCUUGAUUACCAUCCUUGAUAUUUGAGAAAGUUUAUCUUUUAAAAAAUAAUAUUGUUUUCAUACAUUUUUGCUUAUCCCUUAAAUAUAAUUGUUAAAGUCAUGGUAAAUAAAUGUUAUGGGACAAUCACCAUUUUUCUAGACUCCACCAGGUAUUGCUGGAGUGUGACUUGCAGUUGUGGGGCCUGAGUUAUUUAUUUCUUUGUGAUAGUUUUGUAUCCAUACCAUGGAGCUGUGUAUUUAUUUUUGCUUGUUGUACAGUGUAACGUACCUGUACUUCUCUUUGAGUCUCCAUCCUUUAGAAAUUGGAAAAGGAGCAGGGCACAUCAGGAUUUUCAGGGAUGCCCAAGAUUCUGGACUUUCAGAAAAAGUCAGGCUGAAGUGGCACGCAGAUGUGUGGCAGCUGGCGACAGUUUUCCAGAGGUGGGAUGUGUGUUUUGAGCAUAACUUGCCGCACAGUGACUCCCUCCUUCACGGUGACGAGGACCCUGUGCCUUCAACAAGCGAUGGCUGCUCACAGCAGCCCUGGGUUCAGUUCAGCCCCACAGUGUAAGGAAGGGCUCUCCAAUGAGCUCUUCGAACGGGUUGUUUUCUUACAGCGGGUUGGCUUAGAGAAGACCUGCACGUCACUUCCUUGACAGCAGAGUCGCCCUGGUCUUCAUCAUCAUAACACUCAUCUAUUCCACACGAGUUUCAUCUCUCUCAAUAGCAGAAUCUGAGGCCUGGGGAGAAAGGAAAGAUUGCCAUACUUAGGGUCAUUAUGAAUCUCCCUGGCCAUUUUCAAAGGGAAACUAAGCAUCCCACUUCCCAAGGUCAGAGCAUAGCAGCUCCCAUCCUAAACCAAGAUGGUGAGUCCAGUAGCCUUGAUCCAUGAAUGGUUCCCCUGGCUUAACUUAGAGGAGUUAACAUUUGAGGGCUUCUUUCCACAAAUUUUACUGUUUGAAUGUUUAAUAAUGUUGAAUUUUGCACAUCUUAUUACUAUUACUUAAAAACAUUGACUCUGCAUUAUGCAAAAAAACAAGCAAUAAAAUAAGAA